AUGGCAACAAUUUCUGGUGUGAGCCUCUCAACGCCAAGAAUCAUGGCCAAGGCCUCAGACCCAUCUAAGGUCCACACCAUAGCAUCCCCCUGGCUGAACAACCCAUGGAAGAGAUCCAACCAAUUCGGGGCGGGCCGCAUGUACGUCCGGCCCGUGGCUGCAGCACCGGAGAAGAUAUCGGAGAAGGUGGAAGAGAGCAUCAAGAGCGCGGAGGAGAAAUGCUCCGAGGAUCCGGUGAGCGGAGAGUGCGCAGCAGCGUGGGAUGAGGUGGAGGAGCUGAGCGCAGCGGCUAGCCAUGCCAGGGACAAGAAGAAGGACUCCGACCCACUUGAGACCUUCUGCAAGGAUAACCCGGAGACCGAUGAGUGCCGCACUUAUGAUAAUUGAUUCAUGAUUUCUUGUCCUGCUUUCUUUUAUGAUGACAAAUGAACUGUUUAGACUUUUGUUGGUUGUAUAAUGAUAUCAUCGGACUUGUCCUGUUGAAUACUCCUUGAAUGAUAAAUACGUUUGGUAAUGCAUCUAUUUUUUGUGUUA